AUGAAAGCCUCCUUAAGAUUACUGGCGACAGCCACCGCAACAAAUGGCAUAAGACCAGCGCCCAUGGCGCUGCUCCCUCCCAUUCCCCUAUACCGCCGCUUAUUACGGGCACAUCGCACCCAUCUGCCCACCGAAAUGCGAUUAUUGGGAGAUGAAUACGUCAAAUCCGAGUUUCGUGCCCACAGGAACGUGGAUAAUCCAGCACAUUUAUUGUAUGCGCAACAGAUCGAGGGGGACUCGUGGAAGGGUGAGAAGAUUGACCAGGGAAAGGUUGAGAAGAUGAGUGGUUUGUUUAAUUACGUUCCUUUGCGGAUUCAGACUGUGGAACUAAUGCGAUUAGAGAGAAGCAAGAUAGCGGAGAGGAGGAGGAUUAGUUGUUCAAGGCGGCUUAACAUGAACGAGGAUGGGCUUCGUAUUGUGCAGAAACAGCUUCUACGUCGGAAAUUCACCCAGUGUACAUCAAUGAAUAGCAUACGAACGUGGCAGAGUGAAGUCGGUUCCUGUAAACUCACGACGGUGAUGUUUAAUAAGGGGCAAAUCACCAGCAACGCUAUCAUGACGGACGAACGGCCUCCCAAGAGACGGAAACAAGACAAUAAACACCUUUUUAAGAUUGGUGGUAAAUAUGUCGACUUGGGGUUUUCGAGGGUCACCGGAGAGCUCACCAAGCCUGUGGCUGCUGUAAAUGCACCGAAGGUUGCUGAAGCCCCCAGGGAAGAGGAAGUCUCUGAUGGGAAGUCGCAAAGUGCAGAAAUCAACCACAACGCAGAAGCGACCAAAAAGCCAGAACCCACGCAGAAGCCAGGAAGACCACCACGAGCGACUGAUCGGAAAUCCAACCCAUCCAAAGGCCAGUCACAUGAUGCCAUGCUGAAGGGUAGGAAAGCACUACCGAUCUGGGCCCAUCGGAAUGAAAUCACUUCAAGCAUCAGAAAAGAUGGCGAUGAUGUUCUGUUGGUCGUUGGAGAGACUGGAUCUGGAAAGAGCACCCAGGUUCCCCAGUUUCUAUGUGAAGAGAAAUGGUGUCGGAAAAAAGAGGUGGAGCCGGGCGUCAAGGUCGGCGGCAUGAUUGCCAUCACUCAGCCAAGACGAGUUGCUGCUACGACUUUGGCUAAUCGAGUGGCUCGCGAGAUGGGCACGCCUCUGGAUGGAAGACGCGAUGGCCAUGUUGGGUACUCAGUCCGAUUUGACCACAACGUCCCUCGAGGCACCAAAAUCAAAUUCUUGACCGAAGGCAUGCUCCUUCAGGAACUCCUACGGGACCCCAAUCUGAGGGAAUACAGCGCCAUCGUUGUCGAUGAAAUCCAUGAAAGGAGUGUGGAUGUCGAUUUGGUCACCGGUUUCCUCAAGCAGAUCAUAACGGGCGACAAAGCCGGACGCGGUGGUGUUCCGUUGAAGGUUGUGAUCAUGAGUGCAACAGCAGACGUGGAGCGCUUGCAAGAUUUCUUCUCAGUACCAAAUCCAGAUGGCUCUGUGCACCAUCAAGCACUUCAACUGCUUCUAAUCAAAGGACGUCAAUACCCUGUGGAGAUUAAACAUACGGACAAACCUGUCCCAGAUAUUCAGGAUGCACUCUUCAAACAAAUCACGACACUUCAUGAGCAAGAGCCACUUCCUGGUGAUAUCUUGGCUUUCCUUACAGGUCAGGAAGAUAUCGAGGAGGCCCAGACUCGUCUGGAGGAAUACAGCUUGGCCUUGGCCUCAGAUGUGCCCAAAUUGAUGGUGUGCCCACUUUAUGGCCAGCUUUCCAUACAAGCGCAGCAAGCCGCUCUUCAGCCUCUCACCAAAAAGUUCACAAGGAAGGUGGUUUUGGCGACAAAUAUUGCAGAAACUUCAGUGACCGUCCCCGGAGUUCGAUACGUUAUCGAUCAGGGCAAAGCCAAGGUCAAGCAAUUCCGCUCGCAGCUGGGCAUGGAAUCGCUGCUAGCGAAGCCGAUCUCUAAAUCCUCCGCUAAGCAAAGGACUGGACGAGCGGGACGUGAGAGCGCUGGCAAAUGCUUCCGGCUGUAUACCGCCGACACUUACGAGGGGCUGAAAGACACCGACCUUCCUGAAAUCCUGCGCAACGAUGUCAUGGGAGCGAUUUUGACGAUGAAAGCUCGGGGCAUCAACGAUGUACGGACGUUCCCUCUAAUGGACUUCCCUGAUGAUGAUUCCGUCAAGAAGGCGCUGAUCCAUCUCCAUGUGCUCGAUGCACUGGACAAUGAAGGCAAAAUCACAAUAAUCGGAAGGAAAAUAGCUCUAUUCCCGGUUUCUGCACCUUAUGGCAGGGUACUUCUUGCAGCUUCCCAACCCGAAUUCGACUGCCUCCUAGAGGUGAUCGACGUCAUCUCCUGCAUCACAUCAGGAGAGAACAUCUUCUUCCAACUCCACACCGAAGAAAUCCAAGAGGAGACCGAAGAGACUCGCAAAGAGCUCUACCGCCGGGAGGGCGACAUCCUGACUUACCUCACCACGAUGCAGCAAUACAUCGCCGAAAACACGGACCGCAUCGAAUGGUGCAAGAAGCGGCGCGUCAAUAUCCGCAACAUGAAGCAGGCGAUGAACAUACGCAAGCAGCUGCGCGGCCUGUGUCUCAAGGAGAACAUUCUCCUCGAGAAGCCGCCGCAGGAUCCCCAACCAUUCAUUCCCCUGUCCCCCGAACGCGCAGAGUCCUUGUUGCGGUGCUUCAUGACGGGGUUCGUCACCAAGUGCGCGUUGUUGGCGCCGGAUGGGAGUUAUGUUACGGUUCAGGGAAAGCACGUCGUGGCUAUACACCCCUCGAGUGUUUUGCACGGGCAGAAGAAGGAGGCCAUCAUGUUUUUGGAGCAUGUGUUUACGCAGAAGAACUAUGCUAAGAAGGGCGUGGGUUUGGCUUUAAGAUGA